GAGAUUGCUCAGGUUGGUACUAUUUCUGCAAAUGGAGAGCGAGAGAUUGGAGAACUAAUUGCAAAGGCAAUGGAGAGAGUUGGCAAAGAAGGCGUCAUCACAAUUGCUGAUGGCAAAACUCUUUACAACGAACUGGAGGUGGUUGAAGGAAUGAAACUUGACAGGGGCUACAUAUCACCGUAUUUCAUCACUAAUCAGAAAAACCAAAAAUGUGAAUUGGAAGAUCCUCUUAUUUUAAUCCACGAGAAGAAAAUUUCAAGCAUUAAUUCUGUGGUGAAAGUUUUGGAGUUAGCAUUGAAGAGGCAAAGGCCUUUGCUCAUUGUUGCUGAAGAUAUAGAAAGUGAUGCGUUGGCAACAUUGAUCCUUAACAAGCUUCGAGCUGGAAUCAAAGUUUGCGCCAUCAAGGCUCCUGGGUUUGGGAAGAACAGGAAAGCUGGUUUGCAGGACCUUGCUGUUCUCACUGGUGGUCAGCUUAUCACCGAGGAACUUGGCAUGAACCUUGAGAAAGUUGAACUUGAAAUGCUUGGGUCAUGUAAAAGGGUGACAGUUUCCAAAGAUGAUACUGUUAUACUUGAUGGUUCUGGUGACAAAAAUGCUAUUGAAGAGAGAUGCGAUCAGAUAAGAUCUACUAUUGAGUCGAGUACAUCUGACUAUGAUAAGGAGAAGUUGCAAGAGAGGUUGGCUAAGCUCUCUGGUGGUGUUGCUGUUCUAAAGAUAGGAGGGGCAAGUGAAGCUGAAGUUAGCGAGAAAAAAGAUAGAGUAAAUGAUGCUCUGAAUGCUACCAAAGCUGCUGUUGAGGAGGGAAUCGUACCAGGUGGAGGUGUUGCCCUCCUCUAUGCGUCCAAGGAGCUGGACAAGUUGCAUACUGCCAACUUCGAUCAGAAGAUAGGAGUGCAAAUUAUUUAAAAUGCUUUGAGGACCCCAGUGCACACUAUUGCAUCAAAUGCGGGUGUAGAAGGAGCCGUGGUUGUGGGAAAACUCUUGGAGCAGGAUAGUCCCGACUUAGGAUAUGAUGCAGCCAAAGGUGAAUAUGUUGAUCUGGUGAAGGCUGGUAUUAUUGAUCCUUUGAAAGUAAUUAGAACUGCAUUAGUGGAUGCUGCAAGUGUUUCUUCUCUAAUGACCUCAACAGAGGCUGUGGUUGUGGAGCUGCCAAAAGAUGAGAAAGAAGCUGCUUCCUCUAUGGGUGGUGGUGGCAUGGGUGGACUUGACUACUAAUAUUCACUCGUCCUUGCAGCAGUUUCACAUCAAACUCUACAGUAUGUAUUGGAUAAAAGGAUCUCUUGUUACUUCUCCAAUUUGUCCUAAUUUAGGCUAAUCAAUUUUGUUCUGAGGCCAACUAUUUAUUCAAUCUGGAUUGCUGGGUUUUCCUUCUGUGGCGACCAAGUAUAACUAUGAAUUCCAUCUUAAGUUGUG